GCACAUUUUAGACAGCUUAAUAUAUAUCUCUCUAUCUUUCUCCCAAAAUGGCUUCGUCUAUUCAUAGUUUUCUCCUGGUAGUCUUAUUAAUAUGCUGCAGUGGUUUCUUGUCCUGUUCAAUUAAUGCCUUUACUCUUGAUGGACCUCUCCCAAAUGGAAAUUUUGAAGAAGGACCAAAGCCUGAAAACAUGAAAAAAACAGUAAUCAAAGGGAAAUACUCUCUUCCAAAAUGGGUGAAGAAGGGUUUAGUAGAAUACAUAUCAGGUGGGCCCCAACCAGGUGGCUUUUAUUUUCCGGUUCCACGUGGCAUUCAUGCAAUAAGGUUAGGCAAUGAAGGUUCUAUAUAUCAAUACGUAAGAGUAAAUAAAGGUUCAUAUUAUUCUUUAACAUUUAGUGCAACAAGGACUUGUGCCCUAGAUGAAGUUUUAAGGGUAUCAGCUUCUAAGGUUACAGCAGAUUUACCUAUUCAAACAGUUUAUAGUAGCAAUGGAGGGGACACUUAUGCUUGGGCUUUUAAGGCUGAUUCUGAUAUUGUUAAAGUCACUUUUCAUAAUCCUGGUAUGGAGGAGGAUCCUAAUUGUGGACCUCUUUUAGAUGCUAUUGCUAUCAAGGAGAUGAUGCCAAUUCCUAAACCCAUAGGAAACCUAGUAAAAAAUGGAGACUUUGAAAUAGGUCCACUUGUAUUCAAGAACUUCUCAACAGGAGUCCUUCUCCUUCCACAUUCAAUGGACUCAAUUUCCCCCCUUCCUGGUUGGAUCAUUGAAUCUCUAAAACCAGUCAAAUACAUUGACUCAAAACACUUCUCAGUUCCCUCAGGAUUUGCAGCAAUUGAACUGAUAAGUGGAAGAGAAAGUGCAAUUGCCCAAAUCAUAAGAACAAAACCCAACAAAUUCUACCUCCUAACCUUCAAGAUCGGGGACUCCGAAAAUGGAUGCCAUGGUUCAUUUUUAGUGGAAGCUUAUGCUGGUCUUGAAAAUGUUAAAGCUGAGUAUAAUUCUAAGGGAAAAGGUGGGUUUAUUACAGCAAGUCUUAGGUUUCAAGCUAAGUCGACCCGAACCCGAUUGACAUUUUGGAGCUCAUUUUAUCAUACUAGGGUUGAUGAUGUUACUCAUAUGUGUGGUCCUGUUUUGGAUGAUGUUAGGGUUGUGCCCUUUCACUAAUUGCAAGAGAUCAUCCUAAAGGGGUUCUUUAUUUAUUUAUACAGAGUUGUUAUAGAUUUAUUUCUGCUUUAAGAGUAUAUAUAACAUACUUUGGAGUUUCAAUUAGAUUUGUUAAGUUUUUUACUGAAUUAGUUUUUUAUUAACUUGAUAUCAGAGCC